AUGGCAGACGCUGGAUAUGUUCAAUCCACUUCGUCGAGCUUUGUAAUUCAUGCCGCUAGUCAUGCACCACGACGUGCGACACUGCUUUGGGUGCCGGGUGCGACACACGACUCCGCUGCAGUGUUCCAGGGUCCCAUGACAGCACUUGCAGACAGCGGCUACACCUCCGUGGCGCUCUUCCUGGAGAAGUCGCGCUGCACUUCCCUGAGCAACUAUGUUGGUCAGGUAGAAGAUGCUUUGCGCAACCUCGAGGAACCUGUCGUCCUACUUGGCCACUCUCUGGGGGGCUCCAUCGUGGAGGUUCUGCUCGCGAGGAAGAAGGAUGCAGCCGCCAAAGUGCAGGGAGCAAUCCUGCUGUGUCCGGUACCAGUGAUGAGCUUUUGUACAUACGUUUGCUUUUUUCUUCCUCUCCUGGCGACGUUCUUUGUUGGCGUGCUCAUGGUUCUUGUGUCAAUGAAUGCAGCGCAGCUGGUGGGCGGUGGCUACUUCUGCCGGAGUGCACAGCGCUGCCAAUCAAUCGGUUUCGUUGGAAAUCCGAGCAUUGUGACAAUAACGGGGAGCCCGCAGACGUUUCAGCAGUACCAUGAAGGCAUCGCAAAGGUCGAGUCUCUAAAUCUGCUUCUCGGGCUACUCGGUUUCAGUCUUUGCCCUGGAAAAUCGGAGGAUGGGAAGAAGGCCCUUUCUCUCAUCGCUGGAUCUGGGGACGUUCUAACUCCACUCUGGUGCCAUGAGAGCACCGCUGCUGCAUGGUCCGCCGACAUCGUCUCGCUGGAUGGCCAAGGCCAUUUCCUCUCCGACGAGGAUUGGCAGAACACGCUUCUUCCCGCGCUGAAGCAGCAAUUGGAGAGAAUCCUGAAGCUGUCCGAGGAAGCGUUCAAAAUCACUUGCCGGCGAUCGGGCAAGCGAUUUGCUCAGCUGUCAUCCCAAGGGGUUGCAGUUGCCGCAGCCACGGCCAUUGCCUCCAAGCAAGGCUGGCGGGCCCAGGUGAGACGCCCUGAUCUUGAAGUGAGGAUCUUGGUGAGCGACAGCGAUAUCCUGGUCGACCUUCCGCUCCUUGUUCAAAGUGUACCGAGCGGCGGUGGAGAGCUUUGUAGCGCGGGCAUGGCCGCACCCGUGGCUUGGGCAUUGGCUCGCUCAGCCGAGCUCAAGCAAGGCGACCGUGUGCUCGACCCAAUGUGCGGCAAGGCGGUUAUCCUGGUGGAGGCUGCUCUCAGCUGGCCCAACUGCCACUACAUAGGCGUGGACCUCGAUGCGAGCCAGCUGUCCGGUGCGCGCAGCAACGCUCAGCUGGCACAGGCGAGUGGUGCCCGAUUGGACCUCCUCAUGGGUGAUGCCCAGAGGUUGCCCUUACCAGAUCACUCGGUUGAUGCGGUGAUAUGCGACAUUCCGUUUGGACGCCAGUAUGGCACAAUCGAAGGCUGCAGAGACAGUUUAUACAAGGCCGUGCUUAAAGAGUUCGACCGCGUCGUGCGAUCGGAUGCUGACGGCCGUUUGAUCCUGAUUUCUUCUCUUGAGCAGGAGCCUUGGGUCCUGGAAGCUGCAAAUCUGCAUUCCGCCCAAGCCUCUUGGUUCUGCUAUGCACGACGAGAGCUGAAACUUGGCUUUCUGGAUGCAAGCAUCAUUGUGCUUCGGCGUCGGCAGCCAGGACGGGAUUCCGCUAGCGACCUCCCAGAGCUGGCGAAGCGGCUGUGGUGGGAAACCUCGGCUGGAAGAGGCGACUGGGCGUCUCUAAAGGUCUCGGAAAGGCCCAUGAUGCAAGCGACGCGUGGCCGGGAGAUCUGA